CUUUAGAUAAACGUAAUGUGUCCGUCCGUCCAGCGAUAUAUGCAAGCAGCCAUGCCAUGCCGUGCUGUUCAUCAAUGUGUACGUGUGGGUGGAUAGGAUCCGCCAGUCGAGCAGCCAGACGCACGCACACCUUUCCAAAAGAAAGAAAAAACCGAGUCGAUUGCAGCAGUGAGACAGAAAGACGGACAGACAGACGGACAGGCAGAGACGGACAGGCGGAUGAAAUUAAAACCAACAGGGUGUGCAUCCCACAAAAGAAAAGGGAUAGCUGAAGCAAGCCAGUCGGUCGGUCGGUCGGUCGGUCGCCCUCCCGCCCCUGCCCGUCCUAGUCCGCGUCGUGACGCCAAGCGAGGUGUUCGCCAUACGGCGACUUGGCUAUGUCGGCCACCUACAGCAAGCAACAUAACAUGAUCGACGAGUCAGUGGAUUGCACGCAUCCCUGAUGGACCGCUGCAGGCGUCAUUUACCUUGCAGCGUCCUGGAUGUUUCAAAGUCUCCUUCACUUCAAGGAGAUUCACCUGGAAGUAGCAGCUGGUGCCUUGGAUGCAGUGGGCGUGAUCCUCGCACAUCUCUGCAGGCAAUGUUCAGACAAAGACAUAUCAGAUGAUCAUAAUGGAUACAUCAUCUGGCGACUCCCACCCUUUCCGUCUCUCGUCUCAGCCGUGUAGACCGUCAGUACGGACUCGUCACCGUAAGCUGCAAUACAGCAUCGCGCGACGGCCGUGCCAUUCAUUCACUGGUCGAGAGAGCCCGUUGUUACCUUCGUGGCCUGGGAAGAAGACCUGACGGACGUCGUGCUGCUUUCCCUUUAUGUAAAAGAUUCGCUUGAGGUAUCCGUAAGUUGCGAAAAGUCGUUCUUCUUGGUCUGGGAUCAGAUCUGCGUCUUCUGCUCGAUACGCUAUCGACUGAUCAACCUGAUAGACACAGAUCCACAUACAUAAACACGAUGCCACGCGUCCACUUCUGCAUCAAACCUUGGUUCUGACGGUCUGCAGAAGACACCCACAACAGUAAGUAGCCUUGUGUGCACAGUUGCUGUGCAAUGUCCUGCCUAAUAGCUCACUGCUCACCGUGUCAGGUGCCGUGCAGUAUUUGCCAGCCUUCUGACCCUCGUAGUUGAAGUCUUGCAGUGUCCCCUCGAUGCACUUGGUCGAAGUUUCCGCGGUCGAGUGGCAGUGGCCAUAGCCUUGAUAAACAGGCGACAUGAGAGGUCGCUCCUGUGCUGGUGUAUUGCUUAUACAUAUACCCUGCUCCUACCUGUCACAUCGAGGGGACGUGUCUCGAAGUAGUCCUCAAGCAUGGAGGGCAGCUGGCCUCCAUGCUUGAGCUGGCCUCCAUGCUUGAGUUUCACCGACUCGAUGGCACAAAAGUGGCCGCCGCCGCACUGCGAGCAGGGAACGCCCAUGUACACUUGUAUGACCAU